AUGGAGUUUUCUGGCUCCACAGCGGAAGUACAAGACUUCUUGACUGCACCUUGGCUUUCUCGUCAUACGAUCAUCGAGACCCUGCCACGGAAGGGUUUCGGUCUCUGUGUUCGGAAGGGUUACCAGCGGCUGUUUGGUGUGCAUGCUUGGGAGUUCGGACAUGAUGGAGAUCUCACCUAUGUCCCCACGGAUGGCUUCAUCGGCACUGAUCGACUGCAAGCUUUCGUGCAGAGUCAAAGGCUUCAAGCGGCCUCAGAGCAAACGCAGAGUGCGCAAUUGAAUAUGACGAUCCAAGUGCAGUUGCAGGAGCCAAGAGUCUUUGAAGACUCGGUGACGGAUCCAAGCAUCGAGAUACAUGACCUGAAGACUUUGGCUCCUUCAGGCGUCCCCUUGGCGAGCGCUCUGACCGAGAACGAUGGGAGCAGCAGGACAUGCUUGAGGGCAUUGGAGCCCUACACCUGGAUCAACGAGAGCCUUUCCACACAGCAUUUCGGCCAAACGGAUCAAAUUCUGGGAACACUGCGAAGUCAUGUGAUUGAUAUGACCAUUCCGCGCAUGCCCUGUGACCUCUGGCUUCUCAUCAACUCCAACGGCACCAGUAUGGAGCAACUGAGUUGUGAGGACGAAGGCUGCACGCUGCGUCCAGCGCACAUGGCGGACCAAUGCUUGACUUUCAUCACAGGACCGGUGUCUGCGCUGCACAUGGACUGGGAGCUCGUGGGCACGGCCUUCGACUACACCAGCUUGGCGGGCUCCAAUGGCCGAUUCUGCGUGCAAACCCUGAAUGGCCUGGAGGGGUGUUUUGACACCUUGGUCAUGGAGGUGAUUUCGCAGCUGUACUAUGGCCGCCCAACAUACACGCCAUUGGUGGUGGGAGUACCCCCGUUGAACUGCAGCGGCUUCGUGGAUAUGAUGGCCCUGCCGGAGGAAAACCUCACUCUAAAUGAGAACGUCACAGACUUCCAGUUGGCAAGAGAUCGGUGCAUGGGAUCUCUGAGCUGCGAAUACAUCUUCGACCCUGUGGGCAUUAUCGACCCUGCUCCGGAUUGUAUCAAGGAACUUGUGGUUAACUACACUUGCCCCAAUCAUGAGAUGUUCCAGAGCAGCACGCUGGUCUAUCCAGGACAGGCUGCAUCCAUGAGGAUUCAAUGUCCCGUGACCUUCUUGCCUUCGGUGGAGCCGCUCGCGGUGCAUGGUUCCUUGGGAUCGGGCAGCUUUCUGCUGCACAGCAGCAUCGACAUGCGGCGGCUGCGGCAGUUGACCAGUUGCCCCAGCCCAGAGAUCAACGCCACCCUUCCCAUGGAAUCCUUUGAGACCCUGGUGGACGGAGCUCCGGUGGCCUUGUCGGAAUUCGCUCAGCACCUUCGCUACUUACCUGCUAGCCACUGGUCUGGCAGUGAGCCCGUGCGGCUCAUGCUCACCGCUGCUGACGACCCCUCAGUGGUCCAUGGCACUGCCGAAAGCUGGGCCGUGGUCGAGCGUAAGAACGAUCAUCCCAACAUCACGGCCCAUCAGUUGGAGUUUCAGGUGGCCACUUCGAUUGGUCGCUUGUACUUGGAUCCGUCCUUCCUCCUGGCGCCUCUGGGCACCUUGGAGCCACUGCAAGGUCGCUUGGAUGGCGACUUCGCGCUCCGCGUGCGUGGCAGCGGUCACGACCUGCAAGCCUUUGUGGACAAUCUGAGAUUUGCUUCGGAGGCACCAGCCAAGCCGAGCCUGGCCACACGCCCGCUGAAUGCGUCAGAGACGGAGGCGAUCAUCUCCUACGUGCUUUCAGACACCAUCACCCCACAGGCAGGUGCUCUGCGGAGGCACCAGGUGGCUGGGAAGGUGGUGGAUCCCGAGACGGAUGAGCCGGUUCAGGGGGUCGAAGUGGUGCUUAUCGCACAGGACACCUGGCAUGACUAUCUGGGUUACAAUCUUGCCACUGGCUGCAGCCGGGAGCUUUUGGGCUGGACUGUGGCGGAUUGCAAGUCCUAUGCCGAGCAGCAGGGGCAUCCGGGAUUCACCUACGGCUUGUCCAGCACUGGAGGAGCGCAAGCGUGUUGCUUCAAGAGCGAAGAUGUGGACUUGAUCCUCAUGAACUUGGUGGCUGACUUGAACGUGAACGUCUACAUCUUUCAGCCCGGUGGCUACUUCGUGCGGACCACGACUUCAGCCUUGGGGAUGUACACAGCCUUAAUGCCCACAGGGCCGGCAGACAUUUACUUUACCAAAGCAUUGAGGAACACGCGGAACCUGAGCAUCGUGGUGACCGGGAAUGUGAAUGACAACAUCCAAGUGGGUGGUGCUGCAGACAUCUAUCUGCCAGCCUUAAAUGUGGUUACCAUCUGGCGCUUUGAGGUCGAUUGGAUUUCCACCGCCCCAGUGGACUUGGAUGCUCAUGCCUUUGAUGCCUGGAACUGCCACGUGUACUUUGCCAAUCGGCUCUGUCAGCACGAUGGGAGCCACGGCCUCACAGUGACGCUCACACGUUCCAGCCGUGAUCUCCUCAUUGGCAAGGAGAUCAUCACUGUCCACCAAUGGCCAUGUGACAGUACCCAAGCGACGAUCGGAGGAUAUCGAGACAUUUGGAGCUGUUCCUUGCAGAGAUUUUGA